UAUGUCUUCAUCAUAAGGUUCGCCAUUCACUGCAAAAAUUAAUAGGUAAAGUAUUGAAAAUUAUUUCAAUGAAGUAUAGGAAGAAAUAGAAGUAUGUUAUAUAACUUUCUGUUAGCCAAAGUCCCCCUAUAAUAAAAUUUGUUAAUCAAUUGAUCAUAUUUGUUUGGAUUCAGUUAUACCUAGUCCUCCAAGCUUGUAACUUGACUCAGCUAAAGAAUAAUCUUCUUCUUUAUUAUUAUCAACUAUAACAAAAGAAUUUAUACAUCCAAUUCUAACCAACGAAAUCACUAGUGAGUUAAUAAAAUCGAUUAACUCUAUUGUGUAAAGAGAAGUGAAUAAUAUCGAAUAAAAAUAGACUAAAGCAAUUCAAUAAUUGAAAUAACAAUAGGAAAAAGAAAAAGAUGAAAAGAAGUAAGAAUAAAGAGAAAACUUAGAUAUCAUCAAUAAUAAAAAUUAGGAGAUUUAAAAAUUAAAUGAAAAGUAAAUGAGAAAAGAGAAAUCAAUUGAAAUAAUUAAACAAAUUUAAGAUUCAAACCAGUUCACCUUUGAGAUCAUGAAUUAACACUCAAUUAAAUAAGAUGACAGGUCUUAUGCAUUAGCUUUUAAUCAAGAUUAAUCUAUCUUAUUAGCUGGAUGUAGGAAAUAUAUUAAAGUAUUUGAACAUUAAUAAGGGAAAUUGAAUCAGGUUUAAUUUUUGAGUAAGCAUAAAAAGGAUGUGUAUACUUUAAAUUUUAUGAAAAAGACUAAUAAUUUUGUAUCUGGAAGUUCAGAUUAUUCAAUUAUAAUAUGGUAGGUGAUUGGAAAUAAUUAAUGGAAUUGUUAAUAAAUAUUAAAUGGACAUUCGAAUUGUAUAUGGUGUUUAUUGUUAAAUAAUACUGAUGAUUUAAUAAUAUCAGGUAGUGUUGAUAAUACAAUCAAAUUUUGGAUGAAAUAGAAUUAAUGGAUAUGUUAAUAAACCAUAAGUGAUCAUACUGGUUAUGUAUAUUCAUUAAGUUUAAAUGAAAAAUAAAAUAAAUUGAUAUCUUGUUCAUCUGAUUCAUAAAUAUUAGUAAUAGAAUAGUCUAAGUGGGAUAAAUAGUGGAGUGUUACAUAAAAGAUAAAAGUUGAUCAAUAUGGAUAUCGAUUAUGUUUUAUUAAUGAUAACUUAUUUACAUUCUAACCUUAUUGUAAAGAAUAAAUGUAUAUAUAUGAGAUGGAUUCUAAUAAUAAAUAGUAUUAAAAGAUUAAGGUAGUUGCUGUAAAGUGUGAUUCUAGUGAUUGUGAUUGCUUAUUUCCAUAAUAAUACAUAAAGUCAAAAUGCCUACUUGUGAAUAAGAAUGGCAAGAAUGUCAAUUUAAUGAGAAAGAAAGAAAAUGGUGACUUUAUUAUUUAAUAAUCUAUUUCAUUUGGUAGCGGUUAAAUUUAUGGACAAUUAAGUGAUGAUGGAGAGUAUUUGAUCACUUGGGAUUUAUAAUUAAAGGAAAUCUAAAUAAGAAAGUUUAAGGAAUAAUGAG